GUCUCUCUAUUGAGCACUCAGAAUUAUUUAGGCAGUGCUAGCUAUCAAUAUCAAUUAAAAUAUGGGUGAGGGAAGAGGCAGUGUUGGUAGCACAAGUCUUGUUACAAUGUUACUAUUAUGUAUGUUUGUAUUUCAUUCUAAGAUGAUUUAUGCAGCAACAUACAAUGUUGGUGAUGGGCAAGGUUGGUCCUUUGGUGUUCAAAACUGGCCUUCAGGAAAACGUUUCAGCGCAGGCGACACACUUGUAUUUAAGUAUGACCCUAGGGUACACAAUGUGGUGAAAGUGAGCCAGAGUGGCUACAAUUCAUGUGAGGCUGGUGGAGGAUCAGGUCCUUUUACAUCUGGCAAUGAUAGGAUUACACUUGUUAAGGGGCCCAACUACUUCAUAUGUGGUGUUAUUGGUCACUGCGAUCUUGGACAGAAAAUUGCAGUCAAUGCAAAUUAAGCCCUUAAUUAAUGUAUUGUAAUAAAGUGGAGUGAUUAAUAUAAUGUGAUGUUAUUUCCAUACCUA